AUGGGAUCAAGACAAAAGCUUCCAGUGUCUCUAAUUGUUGCCUGCUCUAUCAACCGCGUGAUUGGUAAGCAAGGAAAAUUGCCAUGGAACUUACCAGCUGAUUGGGCAUUCUUUAGUUCCAUUACGAAACAUCAAGUAUUGGUUGUUGGACGAAGGUCGUUUGAGGAGUUUCAGGAGCCUAUUCCAAAUCGUCAUACAAUUGUUGUUUCGUCAACACUACAGCGACCAACACUAUGUGAAUAUCAAGCAAUUGAUGGUAAAUGGUCAGGUGUUCGAGUAUCUCGGACACUGGAUCAGGCGCUUCAAGUAGCAAACGUAGAUCCACAGUAUCGAGAUUGUAGCCGAGUAUUUAUUGGUGGUGGUGAAACUUUAUACAAGGAAGCAAUGAUUGCUAAAAUAGUGGAAUCAUGUUACAUCACGAGGGUGUACAAGUGGAUUAUUGAUGGAGAUGUUUUCUUUCCAGAUUGGACAAAACAGUUUCGGCAUUUGACAUUCUCGGCAAAAACGACUGGAGGAGGAAGAACGAGGGUGAGCUUUGAGAGAUGGGAAAAAUAG